GCCUAGAUGUCUUUACCUAGAAAUCGUUUAUGAAAAGGCAGUGGAGGUUGCAGAUCAGGCCGUUCUCCUUUGUCGGGGCCAUACGAUAGUAUACUUGUCACGCUUGAGCACACGCAUAGUUUAGGCGCCUUGUUGUAUAGCAAAAUGCCUUCGGGCAGUAGUCAGUUCCCGCUAUUAGCGGAGGUGGAACCAGCCAGGCCCGCGCAGAAUGGGCGCCCAGAGGUUAGCCCGGUGUACCGCCCUGCUUUCCACAAGGAUUCCUUCCCCAAGCUGGACGGAAUUGAAACAUGCUAUGAUCUCUUUGAAAAGAGCUGCCAGCUGUACCCCGACUGCCCCUGCCUUGGCGAGCGUGCGCCCCCUGGCUCCACCCCCGCUCCAGCCGGCAGCACCCCCUCCUCCCCCUCUCCCUCCUCCUCCUCCUCUCCCGGGCCCUAUGUGUUCAUGACCUACCGCGAGGUCGCUGAGGCGGUGGAGGCGGUGGCGGGCGGCUACGUGGCGGCGGGUCUGGGUCCGGGUGACCGCAUCGGUGUGCUUGGGGCCAACUGCAAGGAGUGGAUGAUGGCCAUGCAGGGCAUGAACCGCAUGUCCAUGGUGUGUGUGCCGCUGUACGAGACGCUGGGCGACAGCGCCGUGGAGUUCAUCAUAAAACACAGCGGCACCCGCCUGGUGGUGUGCUCCGCCGCCAAGCUGCCGGUGGUGGCUCGGGCGCUGCGGGGGGAGGCGGUACGGCAGGUG